AUUUUAGCCGAUAUUAUGGAGAGUGCACUGGAGCAGCAUCUUGACGACACAAUGAAAAAUCCUGCCAUUGUUGGGGUUUUGUGCACUGACGCUCAAGGCCAUAAUCUAGGAUGCCGUGGUUCACUCUCUGAUGAGCAUGGAGGAGUUGUGUCUGUACUGGCCAAGCAAGCUGCAUCCUUAACCAAAGACCCCACUGACUGCCCUACUGUGUGCCUGGAGUCUGACAGUGGGAACAUUUUGGUGAGAACACAUGGAACAAUGACAGUAGCCGUGCAUAAAAUGACAUCAUGAAUAAUCUAUUAAACUGUUCACUCUAAUUGUCUCUGAAUAUGUGCAGUUUUUAAACUUCAUUACCUUGUAGCUUUAACAGUCCUUUAUCAUCAACAGAAAAGCUUAAUGAUUGGCUGAGAUCAUGUCUCCUGUUUAACAGCUGUAUUUAAUGCUUUUUUGUCAAACAAUAUUGUUCCCCAAUUAAUAAAUUGUGUUAUUUAUGGAAACUGGUUGUGACUGAA